CCUGCUAAGGGGUCACCGAACUGUGCCCCGCACACCCUAAUAUACCCGACCGACACCGACCAAAAUCCAAAAAACCCGGAACCGAAAAAUCCCGACUGCUUUCUCUUCAAAACUCGGUUGAAUGGGUACCCUGUUUUUGUUUAACCAUACCGAAACCUGGUCCUGUUGAUUCUGUUUCUAAGGAGAUGAAUCCCUUGCCCCCAAAUCGAUGAAUUCCAAUGGACUCCGUAAACGAGAGUUCUUCAGUCAAGUGAUGAAUAAGGGUAAGAAAUGCUUUGCAAAUUAUUUACCAAUUCUUUCUCCAGAUGAUGAAUUUUGCAACCAAUGCGAAGAUGGGCUGCCACUUACAUUACUUGCGGGAUUUCAGAUAUUUUCUCAUAUCGUUUUCUGAUAGCAAAAGGAGAAUACUUUGCUAGCAUGGGGCGCAGUGUCAAACUGACAAAAACCGAUUUGAAAAGAUCUCUAGCUGUGAACACAAUAAAAGGGGAGGCUCGAAGUAGUUUAUAUCACAAGUUUUAUUCAAGUUCACUUCAGAUAUCCGAUUUCAGUCAAAAAAAGCAGAAAAUGGCAGAGUUUUACGACUUGAACCCUGAACUACUGAGCUUCAUAAUAACUCUUUUGGCGACUUCAGCCAAUGGGGCUACUGAUCUUGCCCGGUUAAGUGCCACCUGUCACAAAAUUUUCUUCCUCUCUCGCAACCCAGAGAUCCUAAAGAACGUGAAUUUUCAGAGAAUAUCUGUCGAUGAUUAUGAAGAGCAUCAUGAUCUGAAUGACCUUCUUUGUUUAUGUGCACGGGCUGGAAAUCAAGCUGCCCAGUCCAUGCUGGGAAAGGCUCUACUUGAAAACGAUGCUUUUUUCUGGCUCAUGAUCUUGGAACAUGACGUACCGCUUCUUGCUCAAAAUGCAUUUGCUAAUGGGCUUCUACGCCAUCAGAAACUUGUGAGAAGGUUCAUUAGUGAUGCUAGGGGUGAAGAUAUAUCUAUAAUGCGUAUUCCGUUGCAGUGCUACUUGAUCGUAUGUUUAGGCUAUGAUAUAGCACAUUUCUCUGGAAUUCUCCUCGCUGUUGCCGACAUGUGUUCCUAUUAUUUGGAAAAACGUGUAAAUCCUGUACGUGAGGUACGUAGGUUACCGUUGCGUGGAGUUAAUAUAGCCUUGCCUAUACUCACACGACCAUCUGGUCGGGCCCAUCGUGCGCGAGUGCUUGAGUUAUACGAUGUUCUGUUCAACGAUCAUGAGUGAGAGUUUACGGCUUGAAUUGGUGGUAGAAAAAAAAAUAUAUAUAUAAAUAAAGUGUUGAAAUGCUUUCUGGAGUAUUCCUUAUUCAUACAUAAGCUUAUAACUUAUUGUGAAUUUGUUAUGUUGUUUACUUGUUUA